AUGUCUCUUCUUUUGAAGUCUUUCACUGCAACGGAUAAUUGCUAUGCACCAACAGGAGCAAUGUCCAUGUUUGGAACCCGUGUACGGGUCAAACCAAAUGGAUCCCAACCCAAAAGUGUUGGCACUAAACAUCAGAAGUAUGCUCUUGGAUUCGCAAACAACAAAUCAAGCGAAAACUACAAAAUCUUGAGGGUAUUGCAUUAUGAUGAAACGCUUGAGAUGGAAAUCUACGAGUUCAACUCUGGUUCAUGGAGGGUUCUUGAUAGCGAUAAUCAAGACUUCAAAAUACACCAAUGUGGCAUUUCCUUAAAGGGAAAUACUUACUGGCUCGCUUCCAAUAACGAAGAUGAUGAAGAAGAUUUAACCAAGUAUUUCUUAAUAAGUUUUGAUUUUACAACAGAGAGGUUUGGGACUUUGGGUCACAUAUCUGCCUUCCGUUUGAUGGUUAUACUAUCUAUACAUUGUCGUUAUCUUCUGUAA